AUGGGACCUUUCCACAAUGCACGAGAGUACUACGCGACUUGGGCGGAGAGAUAUCACGAAUUAAUUUGCGACCGCCAGCUCUUCACUCGGUACUCAGUCAAUGCCUACCUGAUCUUCAGAUACCUCAAUGAACUGGCGGAACAAGGCCAGUGGAAUGCAUUUGAACCGGGCAUUGACAACGGUCCAUUCUUUCUGAAACACAUGGAUGACAAAGGUGACCAUAUACUUGUGAAUGAGGAUUUCAAUGUCACUGGUCUUAUCGACUGGACGUUUGCUAGGGCGGUGCCAAUGUAUGAGGCAUUUGGUCCCUCACUGUUGACAGCAGAAAUGAAUGACAUAUAUGAGGGCAAGCCUGGCCGAUCCUGGGGCGACACGAUCCUAGCUGAGGCCAUACAGACCCAGAACAAGGAUCUAGUUCGCUUUUUCGGUGGCCCUGAUCUAGUUCGUCGCUUCUCCUUUGGCCUCAGCAUGGGUAUGAACAUGUCUUGGGACGAAGCAGUUGCUUUAUUCAGAGGUAUCAUGUCCACAGCUGAAAGGAGCAGUUUGAAAUUUGACUGGGAAGUCUGGCGUCAAAGUAGUCUAUGUCAAUGGGCUGGUGAUGCUAAGUUGCAAGAACUUCUUCUCAAAUUGGGAGAAGCCUGA